ACAAUUUAUAUUCUACAAUUCAUUUGCUUCGAGGUUUUUAGUUUUUCAAUUUAGAGAUUGCGCACCACGCGAAAGAUUGCAUUUCGGACGCAUUUUUCUUUUGACAGUACAGUACCAGCUUUGAUCUCAUUUGGUCUUUGUAUUCGAGUACUCUUUGUCCGCGUGCUUUAUUUAUUGUACAGGGUUUGUUCCUGAGUCAGGCACAUGCGCAUUUCUGUAUUCCAGCAGGCGUCUGUCACGCUCGCUUCGUUGGUCGUAUUACUGAUAAUGUCUUCAGCGGCUAAAGCGACUUUGCAGAGCCAGCUGUCAUCGCGGAAGUUCUCCAACGCGCAGUUUUCCAACGCAUUGAGCGGGUUCCAGCUCUCGCGACUAGCAGAAGCCUCACAAAAGCAGAGAUCCUGGCUAGACAUUCAAAAGGGCGAACUCCUUGCGCCUGUGCUUGUCCCGCGGCAAAUAGGAUCGCCGGGGUACCGAGCCGCGCAAGGGUGAUUGUGGACACUUUGGGAAAGCUCGGGUAUGCGAUCUUGUGGUGGUAAAUUUAUGACAAA